CUUUGCUAGCCACAGUCCUCCCCAUCCAUUCGCUCGCUGCCUGCUCUAACUCCAUCUCCAUCUCCAUCUCCUUCAUCAACUACUCCGUCUCCACCCUAAAAAUCUCCCCAUCACAAUAAAGCUUCUCUCACCUCUCUCUCUCUUCAGCUCCGAUCCUCUGCGGCCAUGGCUACAGUCCUCGACUCCCUCAUCGUUUCUCCCCCUCCCGCCCCCCCCCCCCCCCCCGGCCGCCUCCUCGUCCUUGUCCGGCCGCUCUGGAUUGCGUCAUUACAGAGGCCUCAAGGUGGGGUCCGCUCUCCGAACUCGCUCUAUCGAAUCGCCGAGUUACGGUCGCGCUGCCGGAGGAGCUCGUCAUCGCCGAGGCGGGCUCGUCGUCUGCGAGGCUCAGGACACCGCUGUCGAAGUGCCUGCUGUUACUGAUGCAACGUGGCAGUCACUUGUCCUUGAAUCCGACUCCCCUGUUUUGGUUGAGUUCUGGGCCCCAUGGUGUGGGCCUUGCCGGAUGAUCCACCCUAUAAUUAAUGAACUGGCAAAGCAAUAUGCUGGGAAGCUUAAAUGCUACAAAGUAAACACUGAUGAAGGUGCUGCAAUUGCAACCCAAUAUGGGAUUCGAAGCAUCCCGACUGUCAUCAUAUUCAAGGGUGGCGAGAAAAAAGAUGCAGUUAUCGGCGCUGUUCCCAAAUCCACAUUAACCACCAGCAUAGAAAAGUUCUUAUAGAGGUGAGCCGUGAUUAUGAAGAACCUACAAGCGGGAAAGAUUUUGUGUUCACACUGAUUUAUCUUCUUAGCACUGAUCUUUGGAAGGGGAGUAAACUUGUUAAAAGCCCCAUUUGAUGGUGUAGGCUGCCCUUUUGUUCCUUACAGAUUGUCACACUCAGAAGAUUUUAUGUCUACAGAGAAGUGAAUGGCUGGCUUUUGUGAGCCUCUGGCCUGUAUUUGUAGGUCAUUUUUGCAAUAUAUAGCAUCAAUGAUGAAGCUUAUUGCCUGGUUUGGUCA